CAAGGAGAUGUCACAUCCGGGGGUUUGAUAUUGGAGAACGAGGAGAGGGUUCCUUUCGGGAUAUGGUUCUUGGGGGAAAUCAAGAAAAGGCUGCUGUUGCCGUCCGAGCUGUUAGGUUGGGGGUUGAUGUGGCAGCAUGAAAAGAGGCUGAAAUAUUUGACUGCAGAGGCUAAUUCAUUCCCCCAAGAUGCUAAAAAGCAAAGCGAUUUGCUGGUUGAGCUAAAUAAAAAUAGCCCGGAGUUAGUCAUCAAACGGUUUGAGGACAGGACCUAUGCGGUAGACAGUAGAGGAGUUGCAGAAUAUCUCCGAGCUCUUGUUGCCACUAAUGCUAUUGCCGAGUAUCUUCCUGACGAGGGUUCCGGGAAGCCUUCCACUCUGCCAUUAUUGUUACAAGAGUUGAAACAACGCGCUUUAGGGAAGCUGGAUGACCCCAUUUUAAACCCGGGUGUUUCGGAAAGGCAGCCGUUGCAUGUGGUCAUGGUUGAUCCUAAUGAGUCAAAAAAAUCACCACGCCUCAUUCAUGAGCUUAUCUCCACUGUUGUAUUUGCUAUUGCUGUUGGUUUGUUAUGGUAUGUGACGGCUGCAGCCGCUCAAAAGUAUAUUGGUGGCUUAGGCGGUGUGGGUGCUUCAAGUGUUGGUUCAAGCUCAUCUUAUUCUCCAAAAGAGUUGAAUAAGGAAGUAAUGCCCGAAAAGAAUGUCAAAACAUUCAAAGAUGUCAAAGGUUGCGAUGAUGCCAAAGAAGAGCUUGAGGAGGUUGUCGAAUAUCUUAAGAAUCCCACAAAGUUCACCAGGCUUGGGGGCAAAUUGCCCAAGGGCAUUUUAUUGACUGGAUCUCCGGGAACAGGAAAGACUUUACUGGCAAAAGCUAUCGCGGGAGAAGCAGGGGUUCCUUUCUUCUACAAAGCAGGCUCUGAAUUUGAAGAGAUGUUUGUGGGGGUUGGUGCCCGGCGUGUUAGAUCACUGUUUCAAGCAGCUAAGAAGAAGGCUCCUUGCAUAAUAUUCAUUGAUGAAAUUGAUGCUAUUGGGUCAACUCGGAAGCAAUGGGAAGGUCAUACCAAGAAAACACUGCAUCAGUUACUUGUUGAAAUGGAUGGGUUUGAGCAGAAUGAGGGUAUUAUCUUGAUGGCUGCCACAAACUUGCCAGAUAUACUUGACCCAGCUUUAACCAGGCCGGGUAGAUUUGAUAGACAUAUUGUUGUGCCAAAUCCAGAUGUACGUGGUCGUCAAGAAAUACUGGAGCUAUAUUUAAAGGACAAACCAGUUGAUUCUGAUGUUGAUGCAAAUGCUAUUGCUCGUGGGACACCAGGGUUCAAUGGGGCAGAUUUGGCAAACCUUGUCAAUAUUGCUGCAAUUAAGGCUGCUGUUGAUGGUGCGGAGAAGUUGACUUCAUUGCAACUAGAAUUUGCCAAAGACAGAAUAAUGAUGGGAACAGAACGCAAGACAAUGUUCCUAUCUGAAGAGUCAAAAAAGUUAACAGCAUAUCACGAGAGUGGACAUGCAAUUGUGGCCAUGAACACAGAAGGUGCACACCCGAUCCAUAAGGCAACUAUUAUGCCACGUGGGUCCGCCUUGGGAAUGGUCACACAGCUCCCUUCGAAUGAUGAAAGUUCAAUCAGCAAAAAACAGUUAUUAGCACGGCUUGAUGUUUGUAUGGGAGGAAGAGCUGCUGAAGAGCUUGUGUUUGGUGUAGACCAUGUAACUACUGGAGCUAGUAGUGAUCUUCACACUGCUACUGAACUCGCACAGUACAUGGUAUCAUCUUGCGGGAUGAGUGACACAAUUGGACCAGUUCAUAUCAAAGAGCGGGCAAGUGCGGAAAUGCAAUCACGCAUUGAUGCUGAGGUAGUUAAACUCCUAAGAGAAGCUUAUGAUCGUGUAAAGAAUCUGCUAAAGAAGCACGAGAAGGCAUUACAUGCUUUAGCCAAUGCUCUGCUCGAGUACGAGACAUUGAGUUCUGAUGAAAUCAAGCGAAUACUACUCCCCUAUCGUGAAGCUCGGCUCUCUAACCAACAACCGCAACAACAAGAGGAGGAUGAGGAACUUGCGUUGGUUUAGUUUUUUCUUUCGUUCUCCCCCCGGUAUAUAUUUCACAUUCCAUCAUACCUCUCGCAUUGGUGCGGUCAGCUCUACUCUUCCUAGCUGCUCAUGGGGGACUCUAUGCGAAGCAACAACUUGGUACAUCAAUUAAUUUUUUUGAAAAAAUGAUUUAUUGCGCAUGUUUUUAUUGGGGGGGGGGGGGGGGGGGGGGGUUCUCAACAGUUGCUGCCCCGUAGGAUUGGGUUAUACUUCGUACUAGUUUUAAUGGAUCGAGUUCGGCUGUGUUCUAAUUUAGUGCAGUGUUUGGUUUUGUUGCCAUGGGCAAAGAGAUCGGGUUAACAUGUACAGUCUUUGGGCAUUUAUUGAUUAAUGGUAAUAUGCCAAAAUUAUUCAUAAAUAUAUUUACAUAUUGCUUGUCUUUUUAGUUAGUCUCUUUCAUUUUAUCUUGCACUAAUUUCACUACGCAUAUCUAUUAAUAUAAAAUAUUUCUCUAUGACCCAAAAAAGUUGUAUAUCAGUACAAACUUGAUUGUUUUUUUGCAUGGAAGUAUGGAACUAGAGAAUUUACCCUCUUGUGUAAUACGUUUUCGGAAGAAACUCUAUUAUUAAUGGGGCCGUGUCCCAAAAUUUUAG